CGCUCAAUAAAGUUAUUAGGUUUUGAAUAAAUAUGGCGGCAUGUAGGUUACGGUGGACAACGAGAUGUCUUUUCAGAUUUACAUCCGAAAGGAUAAGUUUGUUGAGCGGAGUUUGGGGUGAACUGUUUAAGGCUGUCAGAGGACAUACAACUUUGUCAGCACCGUGGGCUGCUCAUGGCAGACUCAUCAGCCACUAUGACAGCCUUGUACGCUCCCGUUCACUGCAAGGGGAUGAUCAACAAAGAGCAGCACUUCUUCAGUUAGCACAGUUAAACAGAGUGAUGACAGACUAUACCAACAUCCCCAUCCUUCUCCCUCAACCUAAAGACUACCCACCUAGUCCACCCACCUCCGAACUAAAGAAUAAUACAAGUAACGUAAACCUUUGCAGUCCUGAAGACAUGUCAAUUGAAAAAGAAGACAACACACAAGAGGGGUUUCCAAAGCCACGUCCUCCCCUCGGAUGCUAUAUCCAUGGCAAUGUUGGCACUGGAAAAACAAUGCUGAUGGAUCUUUUUUACUCAUUUGUGGAAAACCGAAGAAAAAGGAGGGUUCAUUUCAAUGCAUUCAUGUUAGACGUACACAGAAGGAUCUACAAACUGAAACAGAGCCUGCCAAAACGACGGAUUGGUAAAAUGACAAUGUAUGACCCCAUCUUUCCGGUUGCCAUGGAGAUCGCAGAGGAAACCUGUCUCCUAUGCUUUGUCGAGUUUCAGGUGGUGGAUAUAUGCAACGCUGUCAUUCUGAAGCAGUUAUUUGAGGGUUUGUUCAAGUGUGGGGUUGUGGUUGUGGCAACCUCAAAUCGACCACCUGAAGAACUGUACAAAAACGGGCUUCAGAGGGCUGCUUUUGUGCCUUUCAUUGGCGUACUCAAGAGGUUUGAUACGCUGUGGUUCCACGCAGUCAUAAAAGAGCACUGUCAUAUCGUCAGUCUUGACACAGGAAUAGAUUACCGGACAAGAGAAAUGGAUGCAGCAGGAAAACUAUACUACAUAUCAAGUGAGCCUGAUGCAGAGAAUGCUGUCAAUACACUGUUUGAGCAACUGGCGUACAGACAAAAUGAUGUAAUUAGACCAAGAGUGCUGAACGUGCAAGGAAGAGAAGUAACCAUGAGCAGAACCUGUGGAACCAUUGCAGACUGCGCCUUCCAAGAGCUGUGUGAGCGACCACUGGGUGCAGGUGAUUAUUUAGAAAUCGCUCGGCAGUUCGACACGGUCAUUAUACGGAAUGUUCCUCACUUUCGAGUCGGAAUGAAGGACCAGGCUAGACGCUUCACCACACUCAUUGACAACUUUUAUGACCAAAAGGUUAGAGUGGUGAUAUUGGCUGAUGCCCCGUUACACCGCCUCCUUAAUCAGGGGCCGAUGACUGGAGAGGAAGCAAGAGAUCGCCUGAUGAUAGAUGAACUGGGCCUGACCGAUGAAGCCAGUGAGAGGCUGGCACUGUUCACAGCAGACGAAGAGGUCUUCGCCUUCCAGAGGACGGUAUCUCGCCUCACAGAGAUGCAGACAGAACAGUACUGGCUAAGUGGAGAUCGGAGCGUGAACUGAAACCCCCAUGCAGCCGACUACCUCUUAAUAGAGAGAAUAGGAGAGUCUUUGUGGCCCCCCCAAAACAUUUGGGAGGGUGCAUUUCCAUCAGUAAAAACCGCCUGUAAGCCUUAUCUUGUUCAUUUAAAAGCAAGUGGAAUCGUCCAUGUGCUCACAUCACUAAAACUAAAUUAUCAGGGACCGCAGGCCAAUGCAUGUGAUGAUAAGAUGAUGUCUAGCACCCUCUAGUGGAUCAUGUAUUCUGUUGGAUUUAGUACAUUAUGACCUUUUUAAAUACACUCUUACUGUGGGAGAGGGAAAAAUAUAUUUAUAUUUAAAUGUUUGAUGUGAAUUUAUAGUUAUUCUUACUUGAAUAUAAAAGCAUAUUUAAGUAAUAAUAAAUGAGAUAAAAGUUAAAAUAAUAAAUUGUAUCUACAAUAAAUUGUAACUAAUUAUGAGAUAAAUAAAAUAAUAAAUAAAUUUAC